AUGAGCGUGCGCAAGGCCCACAACAGCGGCCGCAACCACCUCCGCAACGUCAUCGACUACUACCAGCAGAUCGGUCACGAGAAGGCCCAGUCCGUCAUCGACUCCAUCACCUCCUCGUACGCCGCCGAGGGCCUCGCCCACAACAACCCCAUGCUUCCCCAGAACCAGCCUGGUGCAGCCGGCGGGAUGGGCGGUGCAGGCGCGUUCCCCCCUCCUCCUGCCGGCAUGCCACCCUUUGCUUUCCCCGGUGGUGUUCCGCCGCCUGGCUUCCCGGGCAUGCCUGGUCCUCCCGGUGGUGCUCCUGGUGGUCCUCCAGGUGGCUUUCCUGCGAUUCGUAAGUUCUUGCAAUCCUCCCUGUAG